AUGGCGUUAACUACUUCGCUCUCCCACGUUCUAGUUCUUGUUUUUAUCCUGAUUCUUCUUCCAGUUCUGGUUCUAGUUCUUCUUCUUGUUAUUAUCAUGGUUCUUCUUCUAGCUCUAGUUCUACUUCUAGUUCUAGUUCUCCUUCUUGUUAUUAUCAUGGUUAUUCUUCUAAUUCUAGUUCUAGUUAUCCUUCUUGCUAUUAUCCUGGUUUUUCUUCUAGUUCUAGUUCUAGUUCUAGUUCUAGUUCUGGUUCUAGUUCUCCUUCUUGCUAUUAUCCUGGUUCUUCUUCUAGUUCUAGUUCUAGUUCUGGUUCUAGUUCUGUGUCUCUUUCUUGUUCUAGUUCUAGUUCUUGGUCUAGUUCUAGUUCUUCUUCUAGUUCUAGUUUUAGGUCUCCUUCUUGAUAAUAUCCUGGUUCCUCUUCUAGUUCUAGCUUAA